AUGGUCGAAAAAUUCACCCUUCCACAGAUCACAAUCAAAGACUUAAUAGGGGCAAUCCCGAAGGAGUGUUUUCAGCGUUCAGCAAUUAAGUCGAGUCGAUAUGUCUUACAGAAUGUUUUACUAAGUGGCUUGCUAAUCAAGGGAAGCGUGUACAUUCCAUACCUAACUCAGCUUUCAGGUGGAUAUUACACCUCCUCAGUUGUAUCAUCUGCGCUGUGGUCCUUUUUCUGGUUCGCUCAGGGCCUGUCGUUUACUGGAUUGUGGGUGCUGGCACAUGAAUGCGGCCAUUACGCCUACUCCAACCGUAAAUAUAUCAACAACAUGGUCGGAUUUAUUCUUCAUUCCAUCCUCCUCGUCCCCUACUAUAGCUGGAAAAUAAGCCACGCAAAACACCACGCUGGUAUUGGACACAUGAACAAAGAUCAAGUCUUCGUUCCACAGACGCGUUCUGAAACUAGAGCUUUGACGCUAGACUACGAAAAUGCAGACGAAAACGUCGUCACUGGUGUCGAUGUGCCGGAAGAGGAGCAGCUAAGACUUUCAGAGGUCCUCGAAGACGCGCCGCUGGUGGUACUCCUCAAUCUCCUCAUUCAGCAGCUCGUUGGAUGGCCGCUAUAUCUCCUCAUGAAUGUAUCGGGCCAGCGCUAUCCAAAGUGGACCAGUCACUUUAACCCAUAUGCUGCAAUCUUUGAUACGCGCCACUUUGGUCAGGUUGUGCUGUCUGAUGUAGGUAUUGCAGGAGUACUACUGGGGCUUUUUGUUUGGGGACAGCAGAGAGGAUUCCGCGAGGUCGUGUUCCACUAUCUCAUACCAUAUCUCUGGGUAAACUGCUGGUUGGUCAGUGUCACAUUCUUGCAGCACACUGACCCGAGUGUACCUCGCUACCGGGAUGGUCUGUGGAACUUCCAGAGAGGCGCUCUCUGCACCAUCGACAGAGUGUUUAUGGGUCCAGUCGGUACCUAUAUAUUGCAUGGCAUUUGCGAAACCCAUAUUGCUCAUCAUGUUUGCUCAAAAAUACCACACUAUAAUGCCUGGAAGGCGACAGAUGCACUCAAAACUUAUCUCGGACCUCAUUACAACUACUCGGACGAGAAUUUCUUUGUCUCACUAUACAAGACCUACCGCGAUUGCGUUUUUGUCGAAGACCAAGGAGAUAUUGUCUUCUACAAAGACAGCAGGGGCAGAGCUAGCCGUAUGGCUGAACUGAAACAAACCCAAGAAGUAUCGGAUUCAGGUGUCGAGUUGCAGUAG